AUGCUUCGCUCGCGCACUCUGCGUCCCCAGACUCUCUCCAAGAUCACUCAACUCUCCCGCACCAUGGCUUCCGCUGCUGUUGUUCCCCCCGAUGUUCAGCCCCUCUCCGAGGCGCACCAGGCCGCCGUCCUCGCGACCGUCCCUGCCCUCGCUGAGCACGGUCUGACCAUUACCAAGCAGAUGUACAAGAACACCGGUGUCCAGCCGGCGGCCCUCGCUGGCAGCGUUCUCGCCUACGCCCAGAACAUUAAGGACCUGUCUCCGCUGACCCCCGUCGUUGUCCGCAUCGCCGAGAAGCACGCCGCCCUCGGUGUCAAGCCCGAGCACUACCCCGUCGUUGCCGAGAACCUCAUGGGUGCCAUCGGUCACGUCCUCGGUGACGCCUUCACCCCCGACCUGCAGGAGGCGUGGUACCACGCUUACUGGCAGCUCGCCAAGAUCUUCAUCGACGUCGAGGCUGGUCUCUACGAGAAGGCGGCGUGGCAGGGAUGGAAGGACUUUGAGGUCCGCGCCGUGCACAACGAGUCGCCCACGAUCACCUCCUUCGAGCUCGUCCCCAAGGACAAGAGUAUGCUGCCCCUCAAGCCCUACCUCCCCGGCCAGUUCAUCACGCUCCGUGUCAACGUCCCUGAGCUUGGCUGCUACCAGAACCGCCACUACUCGCUCUCGGACUCGCCCUCCGGCGACCACUACCGUGUCACCAUCAAGCGUGAGACUGGCGCCGACGCCGCUCCCGACGGACUCGUCUCCAACAUCAUGCACGGCCUCAAGGCUGGCGACACCGUCGAGGCCGCCUUCCCCGCCGGCAGCUUCGUUCUCCCCGAGACCGUCCCCAAGAACGUCGUCCUCAUCGCCGGAGGUGUCGGCAUCACCCCCAACCUCGCCAUGCUGAACCAGCUCACCGCUGGUCCCGCCGAGAACUGGCCCCAGAUCACCUGGGUCCACGGCGUCCGCUCCGCCCCCGAGCACGUCUUCCGCAACCACGUCGCCAAGCUUGCUGAGCAGAGCGGCGGCAAGCUCACCCAGCAGGCGUUCUACUCCAACGGCGACGACGGAGCUAACACCGGCCGCAUCACCGUCGACAAGAUCAAGGAUUCGCUUCCCCUUGCCGACAAGGACGCCGUGUAUUACGUUUGCGGCCCCGGAUCCUUCAUGACGGACAUUGAGCGCGACCUCAUCGCCGCCGGUGUCCCCAAGGAGAAGAUCAACAUUGAGGCUUUCCACGCUGGUGCCGCUUAG